AUGAACACUGCGGAGAAACUAGAAGAGGGAUACUCAACACAACGACCUCCAAUGUUUAGUGGCAAAUACUAUUCCUACUGGAGAAACAGGAUGGAGAUUUUCAUUAAGGCUGAAAACUAUCAAGUAUGGAGAGUGAUUGAAGUUGGAGACUUCCAAGUCACUAAGCUGAAUACCUCUGGAGAAACUAUUCCCAAACCUGUUGAUGAAUUUGACAAAGCCGACUAUGAAAAGCUUGAACUCAAUGCCAUGGCUGUUACUCAUGAAGGAACAAACGAAGUUAAGAGAUCGAAGAUUGAUCUCUUAAUGCACCAAUACGAGCUGUUCACCAUGAAGACAUCUGAAACGAUUCAAGACAUGAUCACUCGUUUCACAAACAUUAUCAAUGAACUAAAUUCUCUUGGCAAAAUCAUAACUCAUGAGGAACAGGUCAGGAAGGUCCUAAGAAGUCUACCACAAGAUCCCUGGAUGGCUAAAGUCACAGCCCUCCAAGAAACUAAAGACUUCACCAAAUUUAACCUGGAACAACUGGCUGGAUCUCUCCUAACUCAUGAACUGCAAUUGAACGCACGACUUUCAGAGAAUACCAAAAAUAGAGCUCUUGCUCUAAAAACCGAAAAUGAUGAAAACUCUGAAGAAGGUGAAGAGACAGCUCUGUUUGCUAGGAGGUUCAGAAGAAUGUUUAGGAACUACAAAGAUGUGGAACACAGAAGCAAACCAAAUCGAAAGUUCCCUAAAACUGACACUGGAUGCCAUAAGUGUGGAAACGUGGAACAUCGCAUUAGGGAAUGUCCUCUAUGGGAUCAAGAACGAGGAAAAGGAAAGGAAACAGCAAAAGAUAGAUUCAAAGACAACAGAAACUCCUUUUCCAAAACUGAGGUAAGAAAAGCCAUGAUUGCUGCAUGGGGAGAUACUUCUUCUGAUGAGGAACAGGAACAACCCAACGAAGAAAUUGCUCACCUGUGUCUUGUAGCUGAACAUGAAGAAGACGAAUCAGACUCAGAAUCUGACAAAUUCCAGGCAAGUCUUGUUCAUAUUAAAAGUAGGCUUGAAUCCAUGUCUAAAGUAGAAUUGUUUGACUUACUUUCUUGUCUCACUAGUGAUUAUGAGGAUCUCCUAAAAGAAAAACUAGACUCAGACAGAAAACACCAAGACAUUGUCAAUAAACUCACAGAGGAGUUAGAAUGGACCAGAAACUCAAACUUAGAUAUUGACAAUCGUUUCUUUAAACUCUUCGAUCAGAACCUUCAUAUAAAAGAAAUGUGUGAAGCCUUACGCAAUGAAAACUCCUGGCUAAAACAAGAUCUGAUUGACCUAGAAAUAGCCAAAACCAAGAACCUCUAUAAAGCAGAACUAGAAAAAGCUCAGUUAGAACCAGUAAAAAUUCACCAAGAAAAGACCCAUCUAGAAAGUGAAUUGGCUAAAAGGACCAGACACAGAAUAGAGGUAACACCAAAAUGGAUAGAAGAAGCUAGACCCAAACGCACAGAAGGUUUAGGUUUUAACCACAAAAAGCAUCAUCCUAGAAAAACCAGAGUAGAUUUAUACAGUGACAUAGUAUGCACCUUCUGUGGUCAAAUCGGUCAUUAUAGAGUAUCUUGCCCUAAAAACCAAAGGUACUUGAAAAAGAACAUCGAAUUCACCAAAACUAAAUGGGUCGAAGUGAGGGGGAACAACACAUGGUACCUAGACAGUGGUUGUUCCAAGCAUAUGACGGGAGACAGAAAUAGAUUUCUCUCACUCACGACCUACGAAGGUGGAACUGUGACUUUUGGCGAUAAUAAGAAAGGUAACAUCAUUGGCAUUGGUAAGGUCGGUAAGUCAAAGUCUCACUCCAUCGAUAAUGUGUUUUUAGUUGAGGGACUAGGUCAUAAUUUAUUAAGCAUUUCUCAAUUCUGUGACAAAGUCACAGGUCUCCCAAAUACAAAGUUUGCAAAACAAUCAGUCUGUGAUGCCUGUAUCAAAGAAAAGCAAGUAAGAACGUCCUUUAAAUCAAAGGGGGUAAUCAGUACAACAAGACCACUGGAGCUGAUCCACAUGGAUCUGUGUGGACCAAUGAGGACACAGAGCAGAAGUGGAAAGAAGUACGUACUCGUAAUUGUAGACGAUUUCUCAAGAUACACAUGGGUGAUCUUCCUAUCCAGCAAGGAAGAGACGUUUGAAGAAUUCCUGGCUUUCGCCACAAAGGUUCAACGACAAAGCAGUCAUAAGCUGGUCCACAUCAGAUCAGAUCAUGGUACAGAAUUUCAAAAUAAAAGAUUUGAUGAUCUAUGUAAAGGUUCAGGAAUAGAUCACAACUUCUCUGCUCCCAGAACACCUCAACAAAACGGUGUUGUAGAAAGAAAGAACCGAACUCUUGAAGACAUGACAAGGACUAUGUUGAUUGCUAGUGGACUUCCAAAAAGUUUCUGGGCCGAAGCUCUAAAUACAGCAUGCUAUGUGCUCAAUCGAGUGCUAAUUAGAGCAAUCAAAAACAAAACUCCAUAUGAACUGUACAAAGGAAGAAAACCCUCUAUAACUCAUCUUAGAAUCUUUGGUUGCAAGUGUUUCGUUCACAACAAUGGAAAGGAUCAACUGGGAAAAUUUGAUGCACGAAGUGAUGAAGAAAUAUUCCUAGGAUAUGCCUCAAACAGUAAAGCUUAUAGAGUAUUCAACAAAAGGACCAUGUGCAUGGAAGAAAGCAUACAUAUUAUAUUUGAUGAAACUGACUCCCAAAACUAUGUUGCAGGUACAACUUCUGAUGGAAACUUAGAACUAGGACUCACUAGAGAAACAGAAGACGAAGAGAUAAGGAAAAGUUCCCAAUCAGAAGAACAAACUCAAGUCGAAGAAACAUCUGAAGAUAACAUAGUUGAAGAGGAACCAGUACAGGCCGAUGAUCAUGCAGAAACAAAUGAGCAAGUUGAACAGUCUGUUGUGGAAACAACUACACCUCUCCAACCCAGACCUUGGAAACAUCAAAGCUCACAUCCCCUUGACCAAAUAAACAGUGAUCUUGGACGUGGAACUACGACCAGAUCCCAACUCAAAAACUUUUGUGCUUUCUAUGCUUAUUUAUCCAUGAUUGAACCUAAAAAUUACAAAGAAGCACUAACUGAUUCUGAUUGGAUCAUUGCCAUGCAGGAGGAGCUUAAUGAAUUCGAAAGAAAUAAAGUAUGGCAUCUUGAGCCUAUACCAUUGAACAAUCGAGUAAUAGGUCUCAAGUGGGUAUUUCGAAAUAAACAAGAUGAACAUGCUACGAUUACCAGGAACAAGGCCAGACUAGUUGUCAAGGGAUACAACCAACAAGAAGGAAUAGACUUUGAAGAAACAUUUGCUCCAGUUGCCAGAAUGGAGGCAAUACGCAUACUAAUAGCAUUUGCAUCAUAUAUGGGAUUCAAACUCUAUCAAAUGGAUGUAAAAUGUGCCUUCCUAAACGGUAUUCUCAAGGAAGAAGUCUAUGUGGAACAACCUCCAGGCUUUGAGGAUCCAGAAUAUCCCGCACAUGUCUACAAACUAGAUAAGGCACUGUAUGGACUGAAACAAGCACCAAGAGCCUGUUGGAGCAACUAA